AUGGCUACCCGACUAAUGCUACGAUGGUUUUUGCACCCACUUACGCCCUUCUUGAAGUCUGCAGCCACUAUCGAUGUACUUCAAUCCAGUGGUACUGUGUUCGUCCAAAAUGGUCCACAACAGGGUCAUCAGACCGUUCACCAAUGCUUCACCACCUUUGGAAAGUGCGAGGUGCAGACCACCCAGGCUAAGGCCGCAGUGAAUAUGCGGGCCCGUGGCUUGCAACUUCAUCUCUCGAAUAAAACCAAAUUCACUCAAAUAGACCCACCCACUUUUGUCAAUUAUGUGACAAAGGGCAGUUUACUUGUUCAAAACCACUGGUGUGGAAAUCAAGAUGUGAAGGCAGCGUCAAAAGAGGCCCACAAACACUGA